UUCAAUGUAUUUUCAGGUCUCUCUUGACUAUCUCCCAUCUUUCAGAGUUGAGUCGCAUAUAAACCAUUCUACUCCUGUGGAGAAGAAUGCAUUUGACCAGGCCAAAGUCCUCGAAAGGGCGUUGUCAACCCAGUUUGAGCCACACUCCAAACGUGGACAUGGCUGCCAGCUUCCACGACACACCAAUGAUCCCCAAGCCUCCUUCAAUGGGCUACAACAGGUCAGAUCGCUGCCUCCUUCCCGCUAUCACAGGCAGCUGAGUGUGGACGAAGUCCCAUACUACCUAGAUAAUGUUCCUGAGCUACCCUCUCUUCCCUUCCCUUGGAACAAAUACAAGCCCCUCCCCUCAAUUGAGAAGAAGGCGUCAGAGGAGGGUGUCUGAGUGGUGUGGAGGAGAAGAAAUCCAAGCUGUCUGUCCGACAACCAACUGUCCUCAGUGAGGACCCGGGCAUCAUCCCAGAGCAACCCGGAGAUAGGCAAGGUCUGCCCCACCCCAACCCUCUGGACCUCAGUGUGAUGGCCACAACCCCAGAGACCGAAAGCCCACCAGUAUUCCCCCCUGGCACUCCCGAUCCUAGGAGUUUACUCCUUGCCAUCCGAGCCCCAUGUGGGAGGAGGUUUGAGCACCACUUCCUGCCCACAGACACCUUGCUGCAGAGGCCAGAUAUGGAUCCAGAUAUAAGUGUGGAUAGACCCCUCCGCAGAACAUUCACGGACCUGAACAUGACUUGUGGCAUCUUGAAUAGAUCAGUACUGUGCAUCUUUCAGGAGGACAUGGACUCUGCCUAA